AUGGCCGACAAAAGACGGGUUGUGGUCACUGGAUUGGGAGUGGUCAACGGUUGUGGAAUCGGUCAUGAGGAAUUCUUCCAAGCAUUGCUUGAUGGAAAGUCUAGCAUUGAUACCGUGAAGCGAUUUGAUGCAUCGUACAUGCCUUGCCAGAUUGCAAGUGAAAUUACCGACGAACAGUUCAACCCAAAGGAUUUCUUCAUUAAUCCGAAAAAUGUCAAAUCCAACGACCGCUACACACAUCUAGCUGUCGCUGCUGCAAGACAAGCGCUUCAGGAUGCUAAUCUAGGGGAUACUCCAGAUACUCUGGAGGACCCAGACAGGAUUGGGGUCAUGGUCGGUACAGCUUUUGGUGGAAUGGAAACGUUUGAACAACAGACUUUGAAACUAGCCAAGAACCCAACAAAGCCAAAGGUUUCUCCAUUCACAAUCCCUGCACUGUUGGGAAAUACUGCUUCUGGUGUGAUUGGUAUUGAAUGCGGUUGUAGAGGACCAAACUACGGGGUGACAUCUGCCUGUGCUAGUGGAAGUCAUGCAAUUGGGGAAGCGCUUGGCAUGAUUCAAGAUGGACAUGUUGACCGAAUGCUUGCUGGAGGAACUGAAGCAACUAUUACACCCUUGUGCUUUGCUGGCUUUUGUGCCAUGAAAGCCAUGAACACAAACUUCAAUGACGAACCACAAAGAGGAUCUCGCCCAUUUGAUGCUGGCCGAGGAGGAUUCAUCAUGGGUGAAGGUGCCGGAGUUAUUGUUUUGGAAGAGUUGGAGACAGCUAAGAAGCGCGGUGCUACGAUUUAUGCUGAGAUGGUUGGCUAUGGAGCUACUUGCGAUGCCCACCACAUUACAACACCGGCCCCCGAAGGACGUGGACUUGCGGCAGCGAUGGAAAUGGCCAUUAAAAUGAGUGGCAUGGAGAAGAGUGAAAUUAACUAUGUUAACGCUCAUGGAACUUCGACAGCAUACAAUGAUAAAUUUGAGACAAUGGCCAUCAAGACCGUUUUCGGUGACCACGCCUCUGCCAAGGAUGGAUCUUUCGUCGUUUCGUCGACAAAGUGCGUAACUGGACAUACCCUUGGCGCUGCUGGUGGUCUAGAGGCAAUUGUUGCUGUCCGAAGUAUCGCUGACAAUGUUGUUCCUCCAACUAUCAACUACGAAACGGAAGAUCCUGAGUGUGACCUGGACUACGUUCCAAACAAAAAGAGAGAAAUGGAGAUCAACGGUGCCAUGAGUACUAACUUAGGGUUCGGAGGACACAACGCUGCUAUUCUCUUCAAGAAGUAUGAAGAGUAA